AUGGUCGUCCUCGCAGCGUCGAUAUGCACCCGUGGCGGGAAGGCUGUCCUCUCCCGCCAGUUCCGCGAAAUGCAGCGCUCGCGCAUUGAAGCCCUCCUCGCCUCGUUCCCAAAGCUCGCCGACGGCGCCUCCCAGCACACCACCGUAGAGCAGGACAAUGUGCGCUACGUAUACCAGCCGCUCGACGAGCUGUACAUGGUGCUCAUCACCAACCUACAGUCCAAUAUCCUGCAGGACAUUAACUCUCUCCACCUCUUUGCCCAGGUCGUAUCCUCAAUAUGCAAGUCGCUGGACGAGCGCGAGAUCUUGAAGAAUGCUUUCGAGCUGUUGGGCGCUUUCGAUGAGAUUGUCACGCUAGGUUAUAGGGAGAACUUGACUCUGUCCCAGAUCAAGACGUUCUUGGAGAUGGAGAGUCACGAGGAGAGGAUCCAGGAGAUCAUUGCACGGAACAAGGAACUGGAGGCUACCGAGGAGCGCAAACGCCGUGCCAAGCAGCUCGAAAUGCAGCGCAAGGAGAUGUCGAGGUCAUCGCGCGGUAUGGGUGGAGGCAUGGGAAGCAUGGGUGGCAUGGGCAGCGCUCCUCGUACACCUCAGUACCCCUCGUAUACGCCCACCACGCCUGCCACUGUCCCCGACACAUACGACUCGUAUGAAGCCGAGAAGAAGGUCAGCAAGCCACUGGCACUUGGCAAGAAGGGCAUGCAGCUCGGGAAGAAGAAGACUACUUCCAACAUUUUCGAACAAGUCGCCGGCGAUCUGCCCCCCGAAAGCGAACCUCUAGUUGCCUCGCCCAAGACCUCCGCCCCCGCCGCCGCGCCUGCGAGCGCCCGCCAAUCCACCUCUACAGACCGCGAAGCUGUUCACAUCACCACUAAUGAGUCCAUCUCAGCCCGCUUGGACCGUGAAGGUCUGCUGAAGUCGUUCGAGGUCAAAGGAGAAAUGCAACUCAAGAUCACCGACCCGGCCCUUACGCAGGUUAAGCUAGACCUCCAAGCCGGCGACACCCGAGGCGCACAGUUGAUGACACAUCCAAAAGUUGACAAGGCUGCUUUCCGCAACGGCCAGAUCAUCCAGCUUGCUGACACCAGUAAGGGCUUCCCAUCGAACAUGGGCAUUGGUGUCAUGAAAUGGAAACUUGCGCCCAAGGCAGAAGAUGUAUCGGAUCCACCGAUCACGUUCCGUGUCUGGGUGGAGGACUCGGGCAAGAUGUUCAACAUCACCGUGGAAUACGAGUUGGCUGGUGGCGACGCAUUGAAGGACGUCAGCAUCACCAUUCCUUUCCAGACCGACGAACCUAAUGUCUCAUCCUUCGACGCUGUAUACGAAGUCAGCGGCGACAGCCUAGAAUGGAACAUUGGUGGGGUGGAUGAAGAACACAGCUCUGGCAGCUUUGAGUUUGAGGCUCAGGCCGAGAGCGAGGCUGAGUUCUUCCCCAUGAGGGUACGCUUCAGCAAGGCCACUCCUUUCGUGGACGUUAGCGUUGCAUCCGUAACGCUCCUCUCCAUGAACCAAGACAUCAACUUCACCACCGACGUCAGGUCGGUCGCGGACGUCUAUGAGAUCGUAUAG